CCUUGGGCCAGGCAUCAAUCCACUCGUCUCGUCGCUGCCUUGGACUCGCCCAUACGGUACCGCCACCGCGCCAUUAACUCCGGGCAUUCAAGCCACUCCGCUGCUCUCCAACCACCUGCCCUGCUCCUCGCCUUAAAUGCGCGCCUCCCGCUCGGCCCGACCUCCUUCCCUUCAAUCAGAGAGAGGGACCAGCGCGCGCUAGAAUUGUGAGUGAGUUGAGUUCUUGGAGUACUUCUUGGUCGACGUUGGCCGUUGCUGCUGCUGCUCGAGAUGUCCAAGAUGGCGGACGAGAAGGUGAUGGGGGCGCCGGCGAGCGGCGGCGGAGGGGAGGACGCGGGGGAGCUGUCGCCCGCGGAGGCGCGGGUCCGGCCGUUGGAGACGCUGCUGCGCGCCGCGCCGCUGGGCCUCUGCGUCGCCGCCAUGGCCGUCAUGCUCCGCGACACGCAGACCAACGAGUACGGCACCGUCUCCUACUCCGACCUCGGCGGCUUCAAGUACCUGGUUUACGCCAACGGGCUGUGCGCCGCCUACUCCCUGGUCUCCGCCUUCUACACUGCCGUGCCGCGCCCGGCCACGCUGUCCCGCUCCUGGAUCGUCUUCCUCCUAGAUCAGGUGUUCACCUACCUGAUCCUGGCGGCCGGCGCGGCGUCGGCGGAGCUGCUCUACCUGGCGUACAACGGCGACAAGGAGGUGACCUGGAGCGAGGCGUGCGGCGUGUUCGGGGGAUUCUGCCGCCAGGCCAAGACGUCCGUCGCCAUCACCUUCGGCUCCGUCCUCUGCUACAUCGUCCUCUCCCUCAUCUCCUCCUACCGCCUCUUCAGCGCCUACGACGCCCCCGUGCCGUCGCACGGCAACAAGGGCGUUGAGAUCGCUGCCUUCCCGCGCUGAGCCAUGCAUGAUCACAAGACGGACCGACGGUGUUGCUAGCUACUACCUCAUGGAUCAAAACACGUAGUACGUGUACUUAGUACUAUCGCUGGGUCUGUGACUGAGUUGCGUAGGCCAAUGAAAUAAUCUGUAUGGGUUUAUAGUUAAUUUCCAGCUACAUAUAGUACAAUCUGCUCCUCUGCUUUUUCA